CGGCAAACAUGGCGGCAGUCGAGCAGGAACAACAAGAAAGGUGACCUGCGAAAAUAAAACAUUACAGCGUAAGUGUAUCUUUACAACAACAGCAUGGAUGAGGAGAUGCAUGCCAAUUUUCACAUGCCUCCAGGAAUAGAUGACUUUAACAUUAUCAAGCCAAUUAGUCGGGGAGCAUUUGGUCAGGUGUUUCUUGCAAAAAGAAAAGAUAGCCCUGAUCAGAUGUAUGCUGUCAAAGUAAUGAAGAAAAAAGAUGUUGUCAACAAGAAUAUGAUUGAACAAGUUGUGGCAGAAAGGGAUGCAUUGGCAAUAUCGAAGAGCCCAUAUAUUGUUAACUUAUUUUAUUCUUUUCAGUCUAAAGACAGAAUCUUUCUGGUAAUGGAAUAUUUAGUUGGAGGUGAUGUCAAGUCUUUAUUGCAUAAUAUUGGCUACUUUGAUGAAGAAAUGGCAAGAAUAUAUAUUGCACAGGUAAUUGCGGCUUUGGCUUAUCUUCAUAGUCAUGGCAUAAUUCACAGAGACUUGAAACCAGACAACAUGUUAAUAUCAAAUGAAGGCAAAAUUAAACUCACUGACUUUGGACUCUCAAGGCUGACAAUGGAAAGAAAACCAAGUUUUACAGACGUAAUGAGUACACCUAGUGUGGCAACUCCAUACUCACAAGGCAGAGCGUACUUCAGAACUCCUGGUCAAAUUUUGUCAUUGACCACUGACUUUACCUUCUCUGUUCCUAGGUCUGCAAGACCUGGUCAGCGACAUCGCACAAAAAGUUCAUCAAUGGUCUCUCAACACACUGAAUCCGGCGUACAAAGUUAUGUGUUUAGUUCACCAGAGCCAAAACGGACGCGUGCGCAAAGCAUGAAUACUAUAGGUUCAGUUUGCUCACCAGCUACUAAAGAAAUCCACAGUUCAAUGACCCCUCUUACAGGUGGUGCCCUACGGAAGAAAACUCAUUUCUGUCCAAAAGUUUCACAAAAAAUGUUUAGCCCUAUCGACCUUGAGGAAGAAUACUCACCGGAUGCAGUUAUUAAGAACGUUCAUGAAUUAUCACCAGAUGAAGAAAGUUUGCUCCCAGAUCUCAAAAGAAGGCGUGUAUUAAGUACCGGGUUGACGCAGGAGCUAGCGGCUAUUAAUUUCAGGGACCGUACUGGUUCAUUUAUGGACAGUUUCGAAUCAAUUCCAGAACACGGAGACAUGUGUAAGGAAGCACCAAUGCCUGUCUUGCAAGAAAACAUUCCUUACAAAACUGGGGUUUGUGAAAUAUCAGAACCAUUUCUUAGCCCUGUAUUCGACUCUCAGUCAUUGAAUUCAUGCCACAAGUCUCCAAGAGAGGUUUCCAACCAGACAUUUCUAAAGUCUUCGAUUGAUGGAGAAAAGCCUCCUCGGACCCCACUUAAAACAACGCAUUUUCUGACCUCUGGUUAUUCAAGCUGUGACAUUGUUUCUACGGAUGCCUCCAGGAUUCAUGGAAAUACCAAUUUAUUUAAUAUUCCUGAUAAUCUGUCAUAUCAAACAGAAAAUAACAGUUGUACCAUGAAUUUUGUUGGAAAUGAAAACAGUGUACCUAAUGUUCCCGCCGAUAAACUAAUUGUUCCAAGUUUUGAUGACACCUGUCAUAUGGAACUGUCAAAGAAAGAGAAUUGGAAAGACCAACGUCUUCUUUGUAUGUCCCCGUCCAUUAUUGCGUCACCAAUAGAAAUGGCGAGUGUAAAACUAACCCCUAAGCCCAUGGAAACGUCACACUAUAACGUGCACCGAACACCUGGUAUGCCAGCGAGAACGCCUUACAGGACACCCAAAUCUUGCAGACGUGGAGCCAUAAAGAUUGCUCCCAGGAAUAAAAUCUUGGGCACGCCAGAUUACCUUGCGCCUGAAAUAUUGUUUGGACUGGAGCACACUCCAGCUGUCGAUUGGUGGGCUGUUGGUGUUUGUUUGUAUGAAUUUUUGACUGGUUUGCCGCCAUUCAACGAUGAAACGCCUGAGCUUGUUUUCAACCACAUUAAAGACAGAGACCUGCUGUGGCCAGAAGGAGAAGAAGCUCUUUCAGAAGACGCUGUUGAUUGUAUCGAUCGUAUUCUUACAGUAUCACCAGAAAAAAGGCCAGGAGCUGAAGAAAUCAAGUCUCAUUCAUUCUUUAGUAUUUUGGAUUGGACAAACCUUGACAAACAUCCCGUGCCAUUUAUUCCAAAUCCUGAUGAUGAAACUGACACAACUUAUUUUGAUGCAAGGAACAACAUCCAAAAUCUCAAGUUAUCAUCCUUCUACCAUCAAGAGUGUUAGCAUGUUGCUUCCCGAUUUGACUUAGGAAUUCAACUGUGAAGUAAAUGGCUGGCAAUGAAGUUUCGAAUUAUGGCUUACGUAAUCCAAGUAAUUAUGUAAGUAAUUAUGUGAUAAUAGUGUGCUUUUCCUAUGUCAAACUGAAUCUAUUUGCCUAUAGUACGGCAUUUGAAACCACGUUUCUCUGCUACUACUCUAAAUUUAGUCCAUUGCUUACCUUUUGAAAAAGAGAAUGUAAACUUGAAUGGUAAAUUAAGAUAUAAAGCUUUGCAGAUGUUAAUAAAAUGUAAAA